AUGCACAAACGAGUUUUCUAUCUUCCUUAUUCCCUUUUUUCCCAUGUAUAUCCAAGCCCAUCAAGCCCUCUAGCGUCUUCGUCAGAACAGCAGUUCUGCCUUCGGUGGAACAAUCACAGAACAAAUCUGUUGACAGCUUUCAGCGAAUUAUUUCACAACGGUGCAUUCACAGAUGUGGAACUCCUGGUGGAGGGGCUCUCGGGUUUGGUGCCCUUCAAGUGCCACAAAAUGGUACUUGCCGCGUGUUCAUUGUACUUCCAGGAGAUAUUUUCGUACGCCUCCACAGACCAGUACCCUAUUAUCGUGCUGACUAACGUGAGGGAGCCUGAGAUGAAGGCAAUCCUUGAGUUCAUGUACCAGGGGGAGGUCAAUGUGUCCCAGGACGAGAUGGCGGAGAUAUUCAGGGUGGCGAGGAUGCUGAAGAUAAAGGGACUCGUUGAGUAUGACAAAUCACAUGAACCCAGAGACCCUUCGGAUUCUCCACCACCUGCAAUUAGCAGUACAGAGCGCACUGCGUCCAUUAAUGAAAGCAUCCACAACGACUAUCGCUCACCCCCGCAUUCCACCAGUGCAUCCUCCUAUUUUCCUGGCUAUGGCAAGGGAUCCGGUCUAAUGCACAAUCCUGCUGGGCACAUUCCACCCCCUGGAUGGAGUCCUCUCGCCAGUUUAUCACUCGCUGCACAAUCUGUUAUGAAUGCACCCCUCACCCCGAGGGCUGCCGCACUCUUCCCCGGUGUCUACGAUACUGAGGCCAAUCACAUCAUCCGCAAGCAGAUGAACAGCCUCAUGCUCAAUAGGGACACCCCCAUCCUCAGGACUGUCCUCGGGCAAGGGCAGGCUGAUAGCUCCCAGAUAUUACCACCUUCACAUGCCGACCCUCAUGACCUUUAUCGUAGCUCCAGCAACGGAUCAGCACAUGAAAUCGAUGACCGCAAGAGCAUGGAUCUUUCACAUCGUAAUAGCAGUGGACACAGCCCCUUCUCCGCCGACGUCUCCUUCGAGGAGUUUGAUAAGAAAUCCGGCCAGCAAAAUCGAAAGAACAAAGAGUGGAAGCGCUACAAGCAGUACACAAAAGAGCACAUGGAAAAGGCGAUUAUCGCGGUGAAAGGUGGUGAGACAGCAUUGAAAGCUUCAAAGGCGUACGGAAUUCCUUCCCGCACGCUCUACGACAAAGUGAAGAAAAUGGGAAUCACAACGCAGAGAAAUAUUCGACGUCACAGGACAAGUAGUGGGGCCCAUUUUCCGCACGGCAUAGGGGGCAACAGGAAUGGGGGCAUUUACAGAGGUAUGUCAGAUAUCGACAAUGACAACGAUUACAGCAACAGCAUGAUGGAAGGAUCAGCUGCUCUUAUGGACAUAGCGUACAGUCGUGGUCGCGAUCAAUCCGAGGACCACGAGGCCAGUUUCGAUCAUUCGAGGAUAUCCACAAGUCCCGAUGAAGAGCCACGAGAAGAAAUCAAGUAUGAGAAUGAGGAUGACGUUCAAGAUCUCUCGAUUAAUCGUAGAAAUGUCAUCGUACCACCCUCAAAUCCGCCCGCCAAAGAAGAAGACGACGCCUCAAAGAACUGA